CAACUUUUGUUGUCUCACAUAACUCUCUGUCUCCAGUUACUCUGUAUCAUAAGUGACUGCAAAAUUUUAAUAUUGAACAUAUUUCAUUGAGAGAAUUGUGUUUCAGGAUCACCAAAGAUGGGCAUUGAUUCACCAAGAGAUGAGCAGCAGAAUAAGCGCUUUUGCUGUGGGAGUGAAGUAUCUACAUUCUCUCCCCCUGGCGCAGCACAUGAUGGCUGGGCUUUGGAUGACUCAGUGGCCAGACUGAGUAGAUCUCAGCCAGAACCAGGGUUAGAGCAGCACAUUUUGCCAGUUGAGAGUGUUGCUGCAGCUACACAGGAAGAAAGGGGGACAUUGCCAUUUUCACAGCCAGCGCACCUGAAUGAUAUGGUGCUGAAUUCACAGCUCCAUGCUACUCAGCCAUCUACACGGACUUCCAGUCAGUUAACAGUUACAACCACAGAUAAACGUGACGUGAAGCUUCACACAUUGGCCGAUUUUCAACUCUCGAAAGGGUGUGGCUUAGGCAGACCUUCCUGCACAUCAAGGGAACUUUCGACGAUAUAACUUUGAAGAGGACACCAUAUCUUUUUAUCUCAUGUAAUAUAAA